GUUCUCGGAUCCCAUGGGCGUGGCGCUGACCAGAUCAGCGCAGUGGACUGCGGCCAGAUAUGGAGCUGGAACCCUGGCGGUUACUCCGUUAAAUGAAGCGAUAGUAAAAGAGAUUAUUAUGUUUGUGGAGUGUUUUAUCUAUAAACAUCCCCAAGAGGCAAAAUAUGUUUUUGUAGAACCACUUGAAUGGAAGACAAAUUUGGACCCCUCAGCAUUCAAAUCAGGUUAUGUCGUCAGUGCAACAACAGUCAAAUCAGAAGAAGUUGAUAAAAAUGGACAGCCUUUGCUAUUUCUCUCUGUACCACAAAUUAAAAUUAGGAGCUUUGGGCAGCUGUCACACUUGUUAUAUAUUGCCAGAGAUACAAAGCUGAAGGAAACACAAGCAUGUCUUGAAGCUAACAGAAAUCCCAUAGCAAAAAUCCUGGGCUUGGAUUAUAAUGUAAUGAAAGACGACUCAUCAAUAUUAGAAAUUCUUGAUAAAAUUGCCAAAGAUGAUGAUCCUGAAAGUGAGAUUAAGAUAAGGAUUGCCAUACUGCUUAAGCAACUGGAUCUGCAUCUCCUCAAUUAUUCUCUAAAACAUAUUUCAUUGUGCUUUUCUUAUCAGCAUGACACUUAUUUCUUCGUAAACGAAGGAGACGACCUAAAUAUGAUGUCGCUUUUGGGCAAGACAGAUGAUGAGGAGGAAAUUAAUUAUGACCGAAAAGGUGCAAUUUAUAAAGACCUUUUCACAUUUUUAAAAGAAAAAUCAGCAAAAUUUUCAGAAAAUAUGUCUAAACAGCAGACACGACUCAAUGAAGAACAGCAAAAGGAAAAGGAUCAGCCUCACGAGGCACCUAAGAAGGAAGAAGCAGAUUCCUUACGUAAAGCUACUACUGGUUCAGGCAAGAGUUUGCUGAAGAACCAAAUUAAUUUGGGGAAGAAUCAAAUGACCAAGCGAUUAGAGCCGAGUUUAAACUGGAAGACCACUGUCGAUUUCAAAGAUCGCAAAAUCUUACAAAGAGACACCCAAGAGGAGAAACAUGGAGGAAAACUUGAAAAGUCAGCACCAUCUGUUUCGCCUGGAAGAGCACUUAAGAAUGCUGACAAGAUUGAGGAAAUUGUUAGUGAAAGCUCCUCAGAGAGUGAAGAAGAUGAAGAACCCCCUGAUCAUCGUCAGGAAGCAAAUGCAGAUUUGCCAUCGGAAUAUUGGCAAAUUCAGAAGCUGGUGAAAUAUUUAAAGGGAGGAAAUCAGACCGCUACAGUGAUUGCAUUGUGUUCAAUGAAGGAUUUCAACUUAGCACAAGAGACCUGCCAGUUGGCAAUCAGGGAUGUUGGAGGCCUUGAAGUUUUAAUCAAUUUACUUGAUACAGAUGAAGUCAAAUGUAAGAUUGGUUCAUUAAAAAUCCUGAAGGAAAUCAGUCAUAAUCCUCAAAUCAGACGUAAUAUUGUUGACCUUGGGGGCUUACCAAUUAUGGUUAAUAUACUUGAUUCUCCACAUAAGAGUCUGAAAUGUUUGGCAGCUGAGACAAUUGCGAAUGUUGCCAAGUUUAAAAGAGCCCGGCGGGCAGUGAGGCAUCACGGGGGCAUCACCAAACUUGUUGCUCUUCUUGACUGUGCACAGAACGCCACAGAGCCUGUUCAAUCGAGUUUGUAUGACGAAAGAGACGUGGAAGUGGCCCGCUGUGGGGCGCAGGCGCUGUGGAGCUGCAGUAAGAGCUAUACGAAUAAAGAAGCCAUCCGCAAGGCGGGGGGUAUUCCUUUGCUGGCUCGGUUAUUGAAGACGUCUCAUGAAAACAUGCUGAUUCCGGUGGUGGGGACAUUGCAAGAAUGCGCAUCAGAGGAAAACUACCGAGCUGCAAUCAAAGCAGAAAGGAUAAUUGAAAAUCUAGUAAAGAACCUAAAUAGUGAGAAUGAGCAACUGCAGGAGCAUUGUGCCAUGGCCAUCUACCAGUGUGCUGAAGAUGAGGAAACUCGUGACCUGGUUAGGCUGCACGGAGGACUUAAACCCCUGGCCAGUCUGCUCAAUAACACCGACAAUAAAAAACGUUUGGCUGCUGUCACAGGGGCAAUAUGGAAAUGUUCCAUCAGCAAAGAGAAUGUGACCAAGUUUCGGGAAUACAAAGCCAUCGAAACUUUGGUGGGACUUUUAACUGACCAGCCCGAAGAAGUCCUUGUGAACGUGGUUGGCGCGUUGGGAGAGUGUUGCCAAGAAUAUGAAAACCGAGUCCUGGUCCGGAAGUGUGGUGGCAUUCAGCCACUCGUAAACCUCCUCGUUGGAAUAAACCAAGCUCUACUCGUCAAUGUCACAAAAGCAGUUGGUGCUUGUGCAGUAGAAUCUGAAAGUAUGAUGAUCAUUGAUCGCUUAGAUGGAGUUCGUUUGUUGUGGUCCCUGCUGAAAAAUCCUCACCCAGACGUUAAGGCCAGUGCAGCUUGGGCUCUUUGUCCCUGCAUCCAAAAUGCUAAGGAUGCUGGAGAAAUGGUUCGUUCCUUUGUUGGUGGUUUGGAACUUGUUGUCAAUUUGCUGAAAUCAGAUAAUAAAGAAGUUUUGGCAAGUGUAUGUGCUGCUAUUACCAAUAUAGCAAAAGAUCAAGAAAAUUUAGCUGUUAUUACAGAUCAUGGAGUUGUCCCUUUAUUGUCCAAACUAGCAAAUACAAAUAACGAUAAACUGAGGCGUCAUCUAGCAGAAGCCAUUUCACGUUGCUGUAUGUGGGGCAGGAAUAGAGUGGCCUUUGGCGAGCACAAAGCGGUGGCUCCAUUAGUGCGUUACCUGAAAUCAAAUGACACCAAUGUGCAUCGAGCAACAGCUCAAGCCUUGUACCAGCUCUCAGAAGAUGCCAAUAACUGCAUCACCAUGCAUGAGAACAGCGCAGUCAAGCUUCUACUGGAUAUGGUUGGGUCCCCUGAUCAGGAUCUCCAGGAAGCUGCAGCUGGUUGCAUAUCCAACAUCCGAAGGCUGGCUCUUGCAACUGAAAAGGCAAGAUACACUUGAAAUUUGAACAGACAUUACAAGCUACCAAAUUUUACAUGACACGGAACAUGUCACUCCCAUGGCCAGGAAGCCAAAAUUAGGGAACAUUUAUUAGCAAAUCCUUGACAGGCAAAUGUCUGAAUGAAAAUGCACAGAUGAAAAAGGCAGAGAAUGCUGUUCAUUCAAAAAAUUGCAUGGGUAUUUUUGUUCUAUUUAAUGUUGUUUUAGGGAUAUGCCAUGUGAUGAAAUGGAAAACCAAUAAAUUUGAAGUAAUUUUCCAGGAAUUUGAGAAUAUAAGUAUACAGUACAUAUGUAUAUUUCAGUGAUGCUUUUGUAUUUGUGAUGAUUUUAAUAAAAGA